AUGAUUCAGCUUUUUCGGCAAUCAAACCAAAUGCUUCGUUUAAUUUCCGUUAAGCUGCCCCAACAAUUAAGGCGCAGACCUUCAUCAAUCUGCAAUGGCCACUUGUACUCAGACUCCUCUCUCAAGCCCAUCUCCGACCCCCCUAAUUCCACGGACCCAAAAUCUCUUACAGUUUCCUUCCUCCGAAACUCGUGUGGGUUGUCCUUAGAAUUGGCCACUUCAGCUUCCAAGAAACUCACCAUUGAGAACGUAGAGAAUCCCAACUCCGUUCUGAAUCUGUUGAGGACUCACGAUUUGACGCAGAACCACAUCAUACACUUAAUUAGUAGUCGUCCAUUAUUGCUUUCGGCCGAUUUAGGCAAUACCCUUAAGCCCAACAUGGAGUUGUUUAAAUCCUUAGGGUUCUCUGGCGCUAACCUCGCCAAAAUGCUCACCAAAUACCCAACUGUGCUAGAAAGUGAUGCAUACACUGCUGUUGAGUUUUUUAGAGCACAUGGUUUUAGUGAUAUGCAAAUAAAAACUUUGACCAUGAAGUUUCCCCCAUUGUUUACGUAUAAUGCUCAAAAGAUUCUUCAGCCAAAGUUGGAGUUUUUCAAAUCGUUAGGUUUUUCAGAUCUUGAAAUUACAAAGCUUUUAUCCGAAGAGCCGUAUAUUCUAAAAAGUAGCCUCGAAAAACAAAUCAUUCCGUGUAUUCAAGAGCUUAGGCGGUUUCUCGGAACUGACGAGAAUGUCUUGAAGGCUAUAAGGAAAUGUUACGGACUACUUAGAGCAGACUUGCUUGGAGAAGCGGAUUAUUCCGAGGUGUUCAGUUCUGCAAGUUUUGAUGUUGAAGGGAUUAAUCAAGGAGAAUAUGGCAUCCCUUAUAUGGUCGCAAUGGCCGAGAAGAAAUUCAUGGUGAAAUUUGUGAGCAAGUAUCAAAAUGAGGUUCCUGAUGUUGUUAGCGCGCACCAAGGGAAGAUAGAAUUUCAAGGGCUCCCUAUAGCCAUGAAGAUGUGA